AUGGUUAACAGGAAUACAAGUCAUAUUUCGCACGUCGCCCAAAAUGAAGGAAGAAACAGUGAAAAAAACUUUGUAGCAAGUGAAGAUUCUAGUUCAUGCGGAAAGAACACCUGGGAAAGCCACAAAAAUGGGAAGGACAACAAGUUCCCAUUUUAUCUCAAACUUUCCAUGUUUGGUAUUCUAGUGUUGGUGUUGCAAUGUUUCAAUGAGACCACCUUCGGAAACACAUUUGAGUGUGAAGACAAAUUUCAAGGACCAAUGAACUUGGGGGCUAAUCGAAGCCUGGGAGAAUUCUUAAAAAAGGUAUCCUCUCCAAAACAAAAAUUAAAAAUAGCAAGUUUGCCCGAAACAAGUGAAGAAGACAGUAGCAUCACCCCAUAUGUUGAAGAGGAGGAAGAGGAAGAUGAAGAAGAUGAUAGAGAAAAAUACAGAAAAAUGGCAGAAGAAUCUUACCGACAAAAGAUGGAAGAAAGGUAUAAGAUGGCAAUGGAAGAGGAAGAAGCCAGACACGUACCAGGACCAGGACAUAAUCAUCACCACCACCAUCAUGGUCCACCAAAAUUGACUGAAGAGGAACUUAUCCAAUUAUUAAAAGUAUUGCCACCACCACCAGAGGCUUUGAAAAGAAGGUUCGGUAUUACUCCAGGUUCAAGUGCAGAUAAAAGAUUUCCCUUUGACAGCCCAGAACAAUUGUUACAAUUUUUAAAAUUUAUUAAUGAGAAACACAGCAUGGUGUGUGGAAAUAAAUCCUGUUGCAAUACUGCUGGUAACUGUGUAGAAGAAGAUGAAGAAGAAGAAGAAGGUCCAUCCCUUAUUCAAAAUGUAAUUCGUGAUAUAACUAAUGUAGCUCCAGUUAUUUUACCUACCAUCCCCCCCCUGUUGAUGAUGUUCAUUGGAACACAGAAAACGUACCUAUUGUUAUAUACCCUGAAUUUAAUAAAAGAUGCUUACUUUUUUUUACAAAGAGCAAAAAAUCAAUGA